UUCCUGCUAAACAGCAUCUACUUGUCUAUCUGCUUUUCAAACUUCUAGUAUAAAGGCGUUGCAAUUAAUAAAAUAGCCAACAACUGCAAAAUGCCGGUCGCUGUGUCUCCAAAAACACACCGGGAGGAUGAUGUCAACUAUAACUUGCAUUUCAGAAUGAUAAACGAGCAACAAGUGGACGAUAUCUGCCUUGAUUUCUUCUACAAACCGCACACCAUCACACUCCUGACAGUCACUGUGCUCAGCCUGAUGUACUUUGCGUUUACAAGGGAUGAUGAGCAGUCUGAUAACAACCUCCGAGUUGGUAUUUUGGUGGUUGUCUCCUUCUUCUUGGUCAUCAGUAUCCUAGCCUUUCCUAAUGGACCUUUUACCAGGCCACACCCUGCAGUAUGGCGAGUGGUGUUUGGACUCAGUGUGCUGUACUUCCUGUUUCUUGUCUUCCUCCUCUUCCUCAACUGGGACCAAGUAAAGUUACUGAUGUACUGGCUGGACCCAAAUCUGCGCUAUGCCAAACGGGAAGCUGAUAUCAUGGAAUAUGCUGUGAACUGUACAGUGAUAACAUGGGAGCGGAUCCUGACCCACUUCGACAUCUUUGCAUUGGGUCACUUUGCAGGCUGGGCUGUAAAAGCGCUGCUCAUCCGCAGCUACGGCCUCUGCUGGACCAUCAGCAUCACCUGGGAGCUCACUGAGCUGAUCUUCAUGCACCUGCUGCCGAACUUUGCAGAGUGCUGGUGGGAUCAGGUGAUUCUGGACAUCCUGUUGUGUAAUGGAGGAGGCAUCUGGAUCGGUAUGACCGCCUGCCGGUAUUUGGAGAUGAGAACCUACCACUGGGCCAGCAUCAAGGAAAUCCACACCACCACAGGGAAGAUAAAGCGAGUGGUGCUCCAGUUCACCCCGGCCAGCUGGACUUAUGUGCGCUGGUUUGACCCAAAGUCCUCCUUUCAAAGGCUGGCAGGCAUCUAUAUCUUUAUGAUCCUCUGGCAGCUGACAGAGUUAAACAUGUUCUUCCUGAAGCACAUAUUCGUCUUCCAGGCGUCUCACGCUUUCAGCUGGUUACGCCUCAUCGUCCUUGGAGCCAUCACUGCACCCACUGUACGACAAUAUUAUGCAUAUAUGACUGACACUGAGUGUAAACGAGUUGGCACCCAAUGCUGGGUGUUUAUUGCCAUCUCUCUCCUCGAGGCUCUUGUUUGUGUUAAAUUUGGUAACGACUUGUUUUCCAAGACACAAGUUCGCUAUGUCCUCCUGUGGCUGGUGAUUCUGGCCUUCAUCACACUUCUAUGUCUAUAUGGGAUGAUGUGGUACGAGCAAAAGAAAAUGAAGAGCCUUUCUGUACAAAGUGAAGACCACGAUGACAGCAGUGUUGACGAGUCGUGCGGUGUCGUCCCAGUUGGCAAAGCAGCUGAGAGAGAUUCAUUGAGUUUACAACCUACAAAACUGAGGGAAGAAUCUGUGAGGAACAGAUUUGUGAAUGAACAUGGAGGAAAGGAACAAUAAACAAGAGCACUUUUAGGAGGACGCGACCAACAAGGAGCAUAGAGUAUGCAAAUAAAUGUACUAAAAACAUGUUGUAAAAGUUGCUUCCUAGGGGUAAGAAUGCAGACUCCAGA